GUUACUGGGCGUAUGGCGUACUGACACGAGGCCGGCGUCUGGGAGGAGGUGUUCAUCCGCCCAGGAAAAGAGCGCCUGUUGCUCGCUUCCCGCGUGUCCCUGGCUCUCUCGGGAACCCAGCGCCGAAGGCGAGGUGGGCGCGGGCCGCAGGAGGUCGUGGGAGGUCGGCGGCGCGGAGGGAUCUCCGCGGGAGCCGUUGGGGCUGUUGGCCUCGGACUGAGGUGCGAGGACCAGGACUAGGGCGAGGGCAGCGGUCCAAGAAAUAGAAAACAAUGACUGGGCGAGCCAGAGCCAGAGCCAGAGGAAGGGCCCGCGGUCAGGAGACAUUGCCGCUCGUGGGCUCCACUGCUAGUCAGCAACCUGGUUAUAUUCAGCCUAGGCCUCAGCAGCCACCAGCAGAGGAGGAAUUAUUUGGCCGUGGACGGCAGAGAGGAACAGCAGGAGGAACAGCCAAGUCACAAGAACUCCAGAUAUCUGCUGGAUUUCAGGAGUUAUCAUUAGCAGAGAGAGGAGGCCGUCGUAGAGAUUUUCACGAUCUUGGUGUGAAUACAAGGCAGAACCUAGACCAUGUUAAAGAAUCAAAAACAGGUUCUUCAGGCAUUAUAGUAAGGUUAAGCACUAACCAUUUCCGGCUAACAUCCCGUCCCCAGUGGGCCUUAUAUCAGUAUCAUAUUGACUAUAACCCACUGAUGGAAGCCAGAAGACUCCGUUCAGCUCUUCUUUUUCAACAUGAAGAUCUAAUUGGAAAAUGUCAUGCUUUUGAUGGAACGAUAUUAUUUUUACCUAAAAGACUACAGCAAAAGGUUACUGAAGUUUUUAGUAAGACCCGGAAUGGAGAGGAUGUGAGGAUAACGAUCACUUUAACAAAUGAACUUCCACCUACAUCACCAACUUGUUUGCAGUUCUAUAAUAUUAUUUUCAGGAGGCUUUUGAAAAUCAUGAAUUUGCAACAAAUUGGACGAAAUUAUUAUAACCCAAAUGACCCAAUUGAUAUUCCAAGUCACAGGUUGGUAAUUUGGCCUGGCUUCACUACUUCCAUCCUUCAGUAUGAAAACAGCAUCAUGCUCUGCACUGACGUUAGCCAUAAAGUCCUUCGAAGUGAGACUGUUUUGGAUUUCAUGUUCAACUUUUAUCAUCAGACAGAAGAACAUAAAUUUCAAGAACAAGUUUCCAAAGAACUAAUAGGUUUAGUUGUUCUUACCAAGUAUAACAAUAAGACGUACAGAGUGGAUGAUAUUGACUGGGACCAGAAUCCCAAGAGCACCUUUAAGAAAGCCGACGGCUCUGAAGUCAGCUUCUUAGAAUACUACCGGAAGCAAUACAACCAAGAGAUCACCGACUUGAAGCAGCCCGUCUUGGUCAGCCAGCCCAAGAGAAGGCGGGGCCCUGGGGGGACACUGCCAGGGCCUGCCAUGCUCAUUCCUGAGCUGUGCUAUCUUACAGGUCUAACUGAUAAAAUGCGUAAUGAUUUUAACGUGAUGAAAGACUUAGCAGUUCAUACAAGACUAACUCCAGAGCAAAGGCAGCGUGAAGUGGGACGACUCAUUGAUUACAUUCAUAAAAACGAUAAUGUUCAAAGGGAGCUUCGAGACUGGGGUUUGAGCUUUGAUUCCAACUUACUGUCCUUCUCAGGAAGAAUUUUGCAAACAGAAAAGAUUCACCAAGGUGGAAAAACAUUUGAUUACAAUCCACAAUUUGCAGAUUGGUCCAAAGAAACAAGAGGUGCACCAUUAAUUAGUGUUAAGCCACUAGAUAACUGGCUGUUGAUCUAUACGCGAAGAAAUUAUGAAGCAGCCAAUUCUUUGAUACAAAAUCUAUUUAAAGUUACACCAGCCAUGGGCAUGCAAAUGAAAAAAGCAAUAAUGAUUGAAGUGGAUGAUAGAACUGAAGCCUACUUAAGAGUCUUACAGCAAAAGGUCACAGCAGACACCCAGAUAGUUGUCUGUCUGUUAUCAAGUAAUCGGAAGGACAAAUAUGAUGCUAUUAAAAAAUACCUGUGUACAGAUUGCCCUACCCCAAGUCAGUGCGUGGUGGCACGAACCUUAGGCAAACAGCAAACUGUCAUGGCCAUUGCUACAAAGAUUGCCCUGCAGAUGAACUGCAAGAUGGGAGGAGAGCUCUGGAGGGUGGACAUCCCUCUGAAGCUCGUGAUGAUCGUUGGCAUCGAUUGUUACCACGACACGACAGCUGGGCGGAGGUCAAUCGCGGGAUUUGUUGCCAGCAUCAAUGAAGGGAUGACCCGCUGGUUCUCACGCUGCAUAUUUCAGGAUAGAGGACAGGAGCUGGUAGAUGGGCUCAAAGUCUGCCUGCAAGCGGCUCUGAGGGCUUGGAAUAGCUGCAAUGAGUACAUGCCCAGCCGGAUCAUCGUGUACCGCGAUGGCGUAGGAGACGGCCAGCUCAAAACACUGGUGAACUACGAAGUGCCGCAGUUUUUGGAUUGUCUAAAAUCCAUUGGUAGAGGUUACAACCCUAGACUAACGGUAAUUGUGGUGAAGAAAAGAGUGAACGCCAGAUUUUUUGCUCAGUCUGGAGGAAGACUUCAGAAUCCACUUCCUGGAACAGUUAUUGAUGUAGAGGUUACCAGACCAGAAUGGUAUGAUUUUUUUAUCGUGAGCCAGGCUGUGAGAAGUGGUAGUGUUUCUCCCACGCAUUACAACGUCAUCUACGACAACAGCGGCCUAAAGCCGGACCACAUACAGCGCUUGACUUACAAGCUGUGUCACAUCUAUUACAACUGGCCAGGUGUCAUUCGUGUUCCUGCUCCUUGCCAGUACGCCCACAAGCUGGCUUUUCUUGUUGGCCAGAGUAUUCACAGAGAGCCAAAUCUGUCACUGUCAAACCGCCUUUACUACCUCUAACCUGCAGAAGAAGAUGCAGCUGCUUUUUCUUUUUGAAAUAACUUUGGGAUUUUUUUAAGCUUUUAUUUACUUUUUUUUUUUAACUGUUAUCUUUCUGGAUGAAACUUGGGAAGGGAAUUAGGAGAUCUAGCAUUUUAUUUCUAGCAUUGCUAUUCACUGGCUUCCUUAUUUUAUAGGUAAAAAUUAAGAUUUUAUAUUUUAUCUUCUUGUUUCUCAUAGAUAUUUUGGAGGAUUUUUUUGUUUAUUUUGAAGAAAUGUGGAUAAGAUACUUUGUAGUAUAAAACAGACUCUCUGAGAGUAUUUGAAAUGUGUUUGGAGAUUUACUUAAAAGUACUUUCAGGAGUGAGCAAAUCCUACUUAUAAACCUAUAUUAACUUUAUUUUUGAAAUACCUAUUUUGAAUUUAAAGGAGAUAAGAGGCAUAAAGUAGGAUGCUCACUACAAUCAUAGGUAGGGUUUCAUCUCAUAUCUUAAAGAUAAAAGGUACUAUUACAUAACCUAUACACAAGAUAUAGGAGAAAAUAUGCUUAAUUUUUAUUUGGUAGGGGGGCUAGGUUGUAUGGGAGUAAAAAAAAGAUUGAAAAUUUUUAAAUUGUCCAAAGAAACAUUUUAAGACUCUUUAACAAAAAAGGCCAUUAGUAAAUCUCUAUAUUAACAUUACUAUUUAUUUUGUUUUGGAACUCAGACAUGAUUCUAUUUGUUAUAAAAUAAAAUUGAUGUGAUUGCCACCUUAAAUGAAUAACUGUAAUUCUUGUUUUACUGAAAGUAUGUGCGUUUUCUUUUCAUUUAAUUUUUAAAAGUGCAUACAAUUCCAUUCAUAAAAGCUAAAUUAGCCUGACCAACAUGGUGAAACUCCAUCUCUACUAAAAAUACAAAAUUAGCCAGGCGUGGUGCCAGGAGGCUGAGGCAGGAGAAUCACUUGAACCUGAGAGGCGGAGGUUGCAGUGAACGGAGAUCACGCCACUGCACUCCAGCCUGGCCAACAGAGUGAGACUCCAUCUCAAAAAAAAAAAAAAAAAAA